CUAGUCGGCGUCGAGCGUCACAUUCAUUAAGCCUGACCCUCAUGGAGCGAACUUUCCCGACGAUAUUCGUGCGUCAAAAAAUGUAGCGAGACGCGCCGUCGUGUUUUCGCCUCACCGCCCCUCAUGCGACGAUCCAGCGGCGACCGCCGCCUUGCCGCUAUCAAUGUGGUCAGCAGUGAAGCAGGAGAUUACUGUUUUUUAAAUGUAACCCCCAGUAAGGUUUAGCAUGUUGCGACACUUAAUAACGUCAUAACUUAGUGUUUUAAAAUUUUUCUUGAGUUAUUUCUUCUACAUUUUACGCUUGGCUAUUCACAACCUCCAGAAAGCGCAGAAAACAGCUUGGCUCUGCCAACAUUGUGUCCAUGCGGACAGAGAACAACUACGCCACCAUAGAACUACAACGUGCGGACUGCUCACACGCAUCGGCAGAUAAGCUCUGCGCCAUACGUGCUAGGUGUCCCUAAACAAGACGUACUGCAAUGGGAGCCGUCCGGCGGCGUCUUUUAUUGAAGCUGCUGAUUUUGAAGAAGAAAAAAAGGAAGAAAAGAAGAAAAGGUUCUGGGUGAAUCCAGUCUGGAUGCAUCGCAAGUCGGAAGGGGACUUUCACACUGCGAUGCAGGUCAUGAAGUCUGACCCAGCCAUGUUUUUUAAGUACUACCACAUGACUCCGCAGAAGUUCAGUGAUCUGCACAGUAUUGUGAAGAACAGCUUGAGAAAGUAUUUCUUGUGCAGAGAGCCAGUCUGCUCCGAAGAGAGGCUUGCCAUCACCUUGAGGUAUCUAUCGUCUGGAAUGUCGAUUAAGGACGUAGCCAUGCUGUUCCGGAUCGGCCAUGAAACGUGUCGAAGUAUCAUUCACCAGACAUGCAGAGCUAUCUGGAAACACCUGCAGCCGCUCUACAUGCCUGUGCCAGGGUGCAAGCAAUGGGAGGAAAUAGCGCAUGGGUUUGGCACACGUUGGAAUUUUCCGAACUGCCUUGGCGCCGUUGACGGCAAACACGUUGCAGUAAUGGCACCACCGAAUUCAGGAAGCAACUACUUCAACUACAAGGGGACGUUCUCUAUUGUGCUGAUGGCCGUUGUCGACCCACAGUACAAAUUUUCAAUGGUCAGCGUGGGCGCACCUGGUCUGCACAGCGACGGUGGCGUAUUCAAGUCUUGUGAAUUUGGAAGGCAGCUCGAAAAGGGGACCCUACCUCUGCCAAAUCUUUGAAGGCUACCGAACAGUAACAAAGUGGCGCCCCAUGUAUUCGUGGGGGACGAGGCGUUUCAGCUUCGCCAUGAUUUUCUGCGGCCUUUUCCUGGCAAGAACAUGUCCCCCAGCCACCGUGUUUUCAACUACAGGCUGAGCAGAGCAAGGUAUUAGGAACAUAACGGAUUACUUUAGGCACUUACUAAUUUUGGCUUUUUUUUUUGCAGGCGCAUUGUUGAAAAUGCGUUUGGUAUCCUGGCAGCCAGGUGGAGAAUCUUGCUGAACCGUAUCAACCUACUUCCAAAGAACGCAGAGUUUGUUGUCCUAGCUUGCUGUGUCCUGCACAACUUUUUAUGCACAGGCAAAGAAUACAUGCCACAUGGCUUCGUAGACAGCGAAGAUGAAUAUGGGAACAUCACUCCCGGGCAGUGGAGGGACAGUGCCCAAAGCAACGACCUCCUCGACUUGGAACCUACAGCUGCAAAAAACUAUUCCAAAAG